AUGUGAGGGAGAUUUGCAGUGAGAAGGACUAUAGAUGACAGUAUUAUUUUAAAUAAGUGUUUCAUAACAACUGAUGUGGCCACUUUGAUAUUUUUUUUUUUUUUUCAUUUAAAAAUGUCUAAUUUAAGUGAUUCAAAAUCAAACCUCACUCAGUCUUUACUUCUGGCGGAUCGAGAUGUGAGGACAGUUUUGUCUUUGACCCCAUGUAUCGUUUUCCUCUAUGUCAACGGGGUCAUGCUUUACACCUUGAGGAAAAAGGCUGUUUUCCAGGAGGCGUCUCGCUAUAUUCUGUUCAGUCACAUGCUUUGGAUUGAUACGCUCAAUCUGUUUAUGAGUGUAGUGCUGUUUGUUUGUGCAGUCAGUAGGAUUUUUAUUAUGAAAAUUGUUUGUCUUUUUCUUUUGAUUGCUGCCACUGUUCUUUAUCAUGCUUCAGUCCUAAAUUUGGCUUUGAUGUCACUGGAAAGGUAUGUGGCCAUCUGCGUUCCUCUCAGACAUGCAGAUUUCACCUCUUAUCGAAGAACUAACAUGGCCAUCGGUGUUGUCUGGAUGAUAAGUUGGAUUCAAUCCCUGAGUGAGAUUAUUAUCUUCAAUGCUAUUGAUACUACAAACACAGCAGUGAAUUUGUUCUGCUCAAGAACGACUCUUUACAGACUGCAGGUGUAUAAGAAUAUCGAAAUAUCCUUCACGUGUAUAUUUUUUGUGUCUGUGUCUUUUGUUGUAAUCUUUACUUAUGUCUCUAUAGCUAUUGUGGCUAAAUCAGCCUCUUCUGAUAAGAUGUCAGCUAAAAAAGCCAAUAAGACUGUACUGUUACAUCUAAUACAGCUGGGUCUGUGUGCUGCAUCUAUUUUAGUUGGAGUUAUCCAAGAGCUUGCUUAUGUUCAUGCCGACCUUGUAACUGCGAUGUAUGUAAUGUAUACUUGCUUUGUAGUGUUUCAAAUUUUUCCAAGAUGUCUAAGUCCUCUUAUAUAUGGCAUGAGAGACCAAGCGUUUAGCAGCUUAUUUAAAUACUACUUCACAUUUGGUCUCAGAAAGCAAAACAGUUGUCAUACAGAGACAAAUUUAGUAAUAGGACAUUGAGAAAUUACAAGAAUGUGCAUUGUUUAAAAAUGUUUCCUAAAAUGCGGAUAAUAUUUCUUGUCUCUCAUUUUUGAAACGAUAAAUCUUCCAUAAUAGCAAUAACGUCAUAAGUAACCUGUGGAACAUAAUUCAAGGUUAUAUUUAACAGAUACAUGUUAAACCUGUAUUACAGUGUUUGCCAGUGUGGACCUGUGACCUUAAAUGUGGGGAAAUUAUACAUUUUGUUUUUACAUUCAUUAUGGUCUUGUUCUCAUUCAGUUUUUUGCAUUUUAAAGUCGCCUACAUAUAAUACACAUACUGCAUGCAAUGAUUUCAUGAAGUCACUUUUCUGCCCCUAAAGAGAAAACAAAAUGUCACUGACCACUUUAUCAAACAUUUUACAGUAUGAAAUAGUGGUUUACCUGUAUUUUUUUAUUUCUUAAUGACUGAUCGGUUGCUUUUGAUUUGUGAUAUACUUCAUCACAUCAUUACUAAAUGUACAAUAAGCUGGAAAACUUUCAAUUUUGGUUUUGCUGCUAAUCUUUUAUACAGUACUGAUCACUUGAAAAUGUCUUGUCAACAUGUCUUUACCAAUACAAUAAUGUUUCUGACACGGUUCUCCCUACGAGUGGUUUUGGAGUGAAAUUGCAAGUGUGUUUAAGAAUCAUUUAUUAAAAAUGUAGAGAUAAUGAAAUAAAAUGUGUAUAUUUACACAUACAGUACUGUGCAAAAGUCUUAGGCCACCACCACCAGACUUGUUUUAAUGUCUAUC